UUCGCUAUGAACCAACCUCCGGACCAAGUUGCUGUCUCCCAGCUUCGCUAUUUGAAAUACCGGGCGGCGGAGAAACAGCCGAAUGUGUGCAUAAGUUAUUCAGUAGCUACCUUAUAAAAUACCGUUUUCAAGAACUCGAAUGACCAGAACACAUUUGUAUCGCGAUGCCUCUUAGACGCAGGUAUGCUAGUUUUUUACUCCGGAGGUAGGAUUCUGUACACAGAAACAUGGCCGAGUAUGGUUGGGGCCUUUCUGAAGAGUUGAUAUCAAAGGCAGAGUCAGAGCUGAAUGAGAGACCCGGCCAGACGGCGGAGGCGAUAGAAGCUGUGCGCGAACAGAUUGAGACCAGGCCUGAUAUCAAAUUCCUCAGAACAGACGAUGCCUUUAUUCUUCGAUUUCUGAGGGCACGAAAAUUCGACACCUUCGAAGCAUUUAAGCUGUUUGGUAGAUAUUUCGAAUAUCGACAGAAUCAUCCAACUAUAUUCAAAGAUUUCACGGCUGCAGAGAAGGGAAUUAAUGAAGCAUUGUUUGAUGGCAUGCCAGCAGUGCUAGAGAAAUCUGACCACUUCGGUCGAAGAAUAAUUGUGCUUUAUUCUGCAAACUGGGACGUGCUUAAGUAUGGUCUGGCCACGAUAUAUAGAUCAAUUCUUCUUACUUUAGAGAAACUUAUCGACAGUGAUGAGUCUCAGAUCAACGGGUUUGUAAUCAUAGUUGACUGGAGUCAGUUUACCUUUCGACAGUCUACCUGGCUCAACCCGAAAAUACUAAAACUUAUGAUUGAAGGUUUGCAGGAUUGCUUUCCGGCCCGUUUUUCUGCUGUGCAUUUUGUCAACCAGCCUUGGUACAUAGAAGCUGUAUUCAAGAUGGUGAAACCCUUCCUGAAAGAGAAAACAAAAAAUAAGAUUCGUUUCCAUGGCAUCAACCUGGGAACUCUUCAUGAGGAAAUCCAUAAGGAGGUACUUCCUGCAGAGCUGGGAGGCCACAUGCCACCAUACAACAACCAGUACUGGGCAAGAGAACUCACUGGAGACGCAAACUUCACCUUCAGUGACAAGCAUAUAUACUGGCCAAACUUGUCACAGCUGAAAUCCCGGUCAAAGUCUUUUCCCGCAGACUUCUAUUCUUCGUCAAAAUCAACGGAGGAUACUCUUCAAAAGGAGGACGAUAGAAACACAUAUCUGGAUGAAGAAUUUUUUCUUAUAGAAUGAUAAUGACACCAUUGCUUACGUCAAUGGUUACAAUAAUCAUUACCAGUACAAUCAUAAGAUAGUUCUUUGAAUUAUCUUUCUUUAACCCUUUGCAUGCUGGGAAAUUUGUCGUCUGCUAAAAUGUCGUCUGCUGAAUUUCUAAAAUUAGCAUUUUCUUCGAUUUUUUCAAAAAAUAUUAUCAGAAUAGCAAAUAGUUUGGAUCCUGAUGAGACGCCACAUUCUGUGGCGUCUCAUCUGGAUCCAAACUGUUUGCAAAGGCCUUUAAAAUUCGGUUCCCGCACUGAAAGGGUUAAACUAAAUGUUUGUUCAGUAACAAACCUUAACACAUAUUAUUUAUGAUUUUAGCGUACCUGAGUACAAAGUGCUCAAGGAACCUUUAAGGAUAGAAAGAUUUCCGUCUUCUUUCAGUGCUUACUGUGCGUCUGUUGACUGUCUUUUUCUGAUAACUUCUGCUCCUUAAAGGAACAUUUUCACGUUUUGGUAAAUUGAUAAAAUUUGAAAAAAAUUGUUUAAGAUUAGCCAAAUUCAUUCCAUGGUAGUUAUAAUAUUUGCGAUUUGCAAGGAAACAGUAAUGCUGAAUAUUUACUAUGCUCUUAUGCAUGCAUUAUGUGCAUCUUUUGACAAUUAUACUGAAUUUAAAAAACCUUAAAAUUAAAAACAUCACAAACGCGAAAUGAAUCAAUAAUUUGGGGAGUUCUGUUGUUAUCGUUACACUAUUAGGAUUGCUUAUGUAAAGUUUGAAAUACACCAAUCACUGUAUCAGCAUGGAUUUCCAAGUAAUUUAAGCGCUAAAAUUUUACUCCAAGGGUCUGUGGUUCGAGCCCAGUCUAGCAUUACUUUUUUGCUUUUUAAAGUUUGAUUAUUGUUUUCACUGGAGCUAUUUAGUUUCCAUGUGUAUCAAUUUAAAGCAUUAAAUGACUAAGUUCAAUACGUGCUAUUAUCAGUAAAAAGGUCCCUUCAACCUCUUGACAGAUUUAAACGAAACUUACGAAAAUUAUCCUCGGGUGACAGUCUCUGGUUUAUUGCAUAUACAUGUGUAUUGGUCGCCAGAGUUAAAAAUAAAUUCCAACUGUUUUAAAAAACAUGCUGAAGGGGCCAUGUGCUUUUUUAUAGACGUAUAUUGUAAAUAUAUUUAACAAUCUACUUUUAUCAAAUUGCAGUGGUUUAAUAUUUGGUGUGUAGCAUCGUAUGGUGGUCCUCUACAAAGUUUGUUGAAAGUCCCCCUGGGUCAAAACUGACCCUACUCUUGGGGUUACUUGUUUCUUCUGUAUGGAUAUGAAGUGAAAAUUUAAAAUCUUUUUCUCUGAAAUUGAAAUGCCAAGAAGUUUUAAAUUUGAUAUGUAACAUGGUAUGGUAGUGCUGUAGUAAGUUUGCUAAAAUCAUGCUCUUCGAUCAAAACUGGUAACACGUAGGGGUCACAACAUUUAUAUAUGGACUUAUGCAUUAAAUAACUUAACUUGUAGUUUUUCUCUACUAAGGUGGUAUAGUUUAUGCCCCAGGGUCAUAACUAAUAAGCCACCGGGGUCAUAUGAUUUAUAUAUAUUUUUUAUUCAAGCCCCUAGGGUCACAACUGGCACCACCAGAUGGGUUACUUUUUAAAAAGUUAAAACCUUAGUUACCAGUAGUUCUAAUACUGUAUUCUCCCAGAAGAAAUCUGUGUCAAAGGGACAGAAAUACAUUGAUAAACACCAGUUAUCUGCACAUAAAAGUUUAGUUACUGCAUGUCUCAGGUGAGCUACCUAUUGUGUCUUGUUCUGAGAAAACUGGGCUUAAUGCUUGUGCUUAAUCAGGGACGCCACUUUCCGCUUUUAUGGUAUUUUUAGUUUGAAGAAAGUCCGCUUUUAUGGUAUUUUUAGUUUGAAGGAAGUCCCUUCUUACCGAAUAUCAAGUUUAAGCGGAAAGUGUCGUCCCUGAUUAGCCUGUGCGGACUGCACAGGCUAAUCUGGGACAGCACGUUACGCACAUGCAUUAUGCCCAGUUUUCUCAGAACAAGACACAAUUGCCUCUAGGUCCUCUUGUUACAGUUUUUCAUAGCAUACUUUUAUAUGGCGCUUUUUAGAAAUUUGAUCAAAAUGUAUUUAUUUACUCAAAGUAGUCUUGUGUACCUUAUUUCUAAUUGAAAGUAAUGAAUUAUUGCCCAGUUUUAAUUGAAAGUAAUGAAUUUUUGCCCAGUUCUAAUUGAAAGUAAUGAAUUAUUGCCCAGUUCUAAUUGAAAGUAAUGAAUUAUUGUCCAGUUUUAAUUAUUUGCACAAUUAAUUAGAAGGGGCAUCUACUGGAUUUACCACAGUUGUCUGUCUGUAGCACUAAUGUAUCCAAAGCUGUUCUCUUUAUGUCUGGAAAAAAUACCUGAUAUAAAUCAGGUGUUGGUAGCCAUUAAUUGAACACUAGGGAAGUCAAUUUAUUUUUACUUUGAUUUUUGUUUAACCUCAAUUAGUUGCAGCUAUGCAUUGAAGUGCUGACAUAGUUGAUACUAUAUGUUUUGUUUGUGGGUUUAACAGUUUACGAAAUUUGCCAUUGCGGAAUCUGAAUUUAAUUGUAUUGCUGACUGAUAGAAGUGUGGCGUACAUGAAUUUGUUAGUCGUAUUUACAUUAUUAAUAUAAAUUCAAAUGAUAUAUAUUGUCACAUAUAUAUAAGUGUUUCACAUAGCUGUUCAAUUGUACCAAUGUAUUGUAUAAUUUUGCAGUUUUUCUUCUAUUGUUGACCAGAUGUUGCAGAUGAAGAUUUUGGUAGUACAUCUAACAUUCAUCCCCUGCUGCGAAGGGGAAGAGUGGUUAUAGAAACGCCUUUUGUCUGUCUGCCUGCUCCCAAUCUUCUAUACCCUUUCAUUUGUGUCAGCUUCAUGUUUUCUACACACUUCACAAAAUAAGCUUUAAUGAUUGCUCAGUUAGAUCAUGUGCAGAAUGCAUUAGCCUUUCAUGCCAUCACAAGUUAAAGGUCACACUUGAAAAAUGAAUACUUCAGACUGUAUUUUAAUCCUUUGCCACUUAUGUAUACCUAUUUUGACGCAUUUGUAGUCCCUUUGAAAGUUAAUUUAACUAAAUUUAAUUACAGACCUUUUUUACUAGAUUAAAGUUUUAAAGGCAUCAUUUUCAACCCUUGGAUACUGAUGAGCAGCAAACAGCAUAAAACCUGAACAGGCUGCGAGUUUUUCUGGUUUUAUGCUGUUUGCACAUAGCUGUUAUCACUUUGCUUCUGAGUGGGAAAAGGUUUUGUGCCUAUUUAAUAAAGGUUAAUUAAGGAUCGUCGAAAAACUUUCCCCAAACGGUAAUCAGAGCGUGGUAAGUAGCACGAGGUGAGGUGUAAGACUGUGAUACUACCCCAAGAUCAGCAUCUCAUGUGGCUUGCAAGUCAAAAGGGUCAUGGUGGGGAUAUAGAUGUCUUUUGGACUGCUUUGCUCUUAUUGUUUGUAUUUUUAUAAAAGUGAGAUUUUACAUUACAAAUGCCUUUUCCUGAGCUUCCUUCAUUUUGUUUAUUAAAGAUGUCUGUUUGCCAUAAUUGUAUUUCUUCCGUAGUUGUGUUUGUCGAACAACUAAACACAGCAAAUUGAUGAAGAUCAAGGAACUGUUAAGGAAUAUUUCUAUGAAAUUUCCCCCAUUUUUUACAAUACAUAUAGCACUUGUAUAGAAACAUUAUUUGGUAACCAAAUCUCUUAUUGGAAUACUUUCAUUGAUAAGAGACUUAGAACUUUUCACAUGCAAGUAGAUCUUCACGGUACAUGGAUAUUGAUGCUAGUAUUUGCAGUACAUACCGUACAUUCGCGGCCAUAAGUCUACAUCGGCCAUAAGUCGAGGGGUAUAAUGUGGCUAGAAAAACUUGGUUUUUUGCCUUGACUCUGCCAUAAGUCGGGGGGUAAAUUUCUUCAAUAUCUCGGACAUGUUUAAGUGACGUUUUAGUCAUGGUUCUGAGGGCUUUUGUACCGGCAGUUGACAUUUUUUGGGAUAUUCAUAAUAAAAAUAUAUUUAAAAUGAAACAUUCAACGUUUCAAUUAUUUAUUAUCACGAAAAAUAUAUUUUAUUGUUCAAAAUCAUAAUAACAUAUCAUUCAUUAUUUCGAACUUAAUAUAUACUUCACAAAUCAAAAUUAUUAUCCCAUUUAACGUAAUAACUUUCAGCGUUUAUAUUAUGAGCAUAUAUUUUUGUAUUCAAAUAUUAGUGCUAUUGAUGUGAAAAUUCGGUAAAAUCUUGAAAUCAGAAAUUCAUUAUAUGGUCAAAAUAAUUGUAACUUGCUCUCAAAUAAUCAACAACGCUUUCGCCAUUAUGCGUGAAACACGUGAAUUUACCAACACUCGCAUCGCUCGCUAUUCGACUGUUACAUAUUCGUAAAUCACGAGAUACCCGAGGAAUAUUUU